AUGGGUUUUAUCUCUGAACUCUGAAGUUUGAACCUGGUUCACCAGACAGGCUUGGACACAAAUUAUGUUAUGUAAUCAUCCAUAAAAAAAAAAACAUCACCCACUCUUUCCUCUCUUGAAAACAAUUGAAACAAACAUAAUGACCAAGGAACUGUUACUGAUAUUUCUCUAUGACUUUGAACUGUGCAAAACGGAAAGCGAUGACCCAUUGGACGCCAUCGUGUACUUCUAUCCGACUUGGGUUAACUCCGAGCAAAGGCAUUAUCUGUGCAGUCAGCUUAUGGGGGUCACACAAUUUUUCUCAGAAGUCUUCUCAGUCCCGAGCAUCAUAUCAUUGCAGAGCGGGAAAUUCACCGUGCGGAAAAUGGGCCACUAUGCAUUAUGUGUUGGCACUGACAGAAACAUACCAGACAUGGUUCUUAAGACACGAUCUGAUAUACUGUAUAAAUUGUUAAGACUAUUCCACUACGACAUAGAUGCUUUGCAAGCAACGCUCUCGGAGGAGGAUGAUUGUCUGACAGAUCGUUUUUCUCAAUUGCUACAAGUCUACCUUCCAAUAUUGCAAUUCGCGACAAACACAUUUGGCAACAUUCCUACUCUUAAGAUUCCCAAGAGUGCAACCACCUUAUACCUUGAGGCUUGCCAAGCACUGCAGUCAUUCCAGAGUAUCGAAGGCGUCCUUGGUGGCACUUUGCUUUAUCAGAAUAAAGUCGUCGCCACGCAAUUGAACCACAGUUUAACAAAACAGCUUGUUGUUACUGACCCUUACAGGAUAAAGCUUCCAGCUCAAAAUCUGGAGACGCCGUUCCACCUUCCACUCGGUGUUCAGCUUCUUGUCAUUUACGUUGAGGCGUCUGAAGUCAGGAGGCUCAGAGAGGAAGUCAGAGAAUUUCAUACUGGCCUUAAAGAGAUCAAGAACUGGAGGAAAGAAAACGGGAAUAGCAAAUCUGGGAAAGUAACAAAAGAUGGGAUCGGCAUGAAAAGAGACAUGUCAAGAAUAUUCACAUCCGUACCUGAAGAACCAUACGAAUCUGAUUCUAGCGAAAUUCCGGAGUUGGUCAAAGAUGCUGUAAAGGCAAGACAGUUGGCUAGAAUGGAAGCAAUAAGACCUUCCAACUUUAUAAUAACAAAUCCACCUCCAGAAAAACAUUCCCAAACCACUGAUGAUAUUGUAAAAAAUAUAGCUUUGUCAGUAAGGUACUAUAGCUUUGGCCUCCCGUCGUUAAAACCUAAGUGGUGUGAUUCACCUGUUGAAAGUAAAAUGACGAACAUGCGUCCUUACUAUAACACCAUUUGCGACCCAAACUACCCGCUGUUCAAGUCGAACGGCCUUCCCGUCUCAUAUCCCUUUCGUAACUCGAGAAUUACUCACCAUUAUGAAAACCUCAAAGAGUCCGAAAGCGUCAAAAAGAAUAGAGCUAGACCUCGAAGUAUAGCGUUGAAGACUGCAGAACCCAAUGACAAACCCCCAAAGCCUACUCAAAAAGCAAAAAGGCUUUUCUCUUUACCACUUAAAACCAAUACAGAUUCCAACCCACUAAUAGCGCCACAAGGGGUUCCUUUAACACCAUUGAUGGCUAAGUUGUCACUUCUGGCUCAAGAAGAGAUUAAUUUAGAAACGCCCAUUUCGUCUAAGCCGAAGAUGUUGAAAACACCGAGUAUGGUGAAGACGCCCGCUUUUGAACUGGCGAGCAGUUCUCUGGCAUCGGGUCAAGAUAAAAAUGAAGACAAACCAUCUGAAGGAGAUGAUGAGUUGGUACAGAUGAUCCUAUACGUUUUCGGACACAACAACACAUCUGUUCUUCUCCUUAUAGAUAACGAAGUUGCAACAAAUCCAGAGCACAUCCAUACCUUGUGGGAGAAAAGUAUCCACAACUUGAAAAAAGUGGAAGAAAGACUACAUAAAUGUUUGGACCAUUUGCCGAUCAGUUCAUCAGGUGAGUACAGUUAUGCAGUUGUGGAUCCAAGCUGGGGUCCAAUUGAAAGAGGCGGCGCUUACCAACCACACCAGCUUGAGUUGUUAACAACUCUUCACUUUACCCUCAGUCAGCAUCCCAAUAUAACUAAUAUACUCGUGAGAGGUGAAGACACAGUCUCUUAUGGUUACCAAUGUGGGCAAACUCAAGUAUUCUACCAACAAAAUUGUAAUACAAUUUCUGGCGUUCCUACUCCAGCUGAUCCUAUGGGAAUAUUACCCACCAAGGCAAAAAGAACUUUGGAAAGAGACCACGGGAUUGUACUUUUAUAAUUUAAAUGUGCCAAAUCUGUUUCUGUGCCAAAAUGCUAGUCAUUCAUCGUUGUCUAUUUGUUUUUUUAUAUAAAAUAUCUUAUGUGCUAAGUUUUUCAAACCAUUACAUAAUUUUUUAAAGCUAAGUGUUAUUGUAAUUAAUUCUUAUUUUUUAUUUUUUUCUAUAGUAAUGAAUUUAGAUUAUUUAAUGUUGUAGAAGCAGGCCAUCUUAAAUUCUAUUAACUGUCCAUUUGGAAAUUUAGAAAAAAAUACUCCAUUCCUCCUUAUUGUAUGCUUUUUGCCAAAUUGUUUUAUGCAUGUCAAAUAUGAUCAAUUUUUAUGCUUUUGCGUAA